CAGAGGUAACCCGGAAGUCUCCGUAGGCGUCAGUUGCGGAACUGCAGAAGCGAACCGCUUGUUUGCCGGGGGACAAAUAACAUCGUCGUACACCAUGUCGUCGCCUCCCAGCUGACAGCCGCGGUGCCUUCGUGUUUUCAUGAGAGCAGGAAUGUGUGAAGCUGUAAAGAUGGACCUGUAUGCUGUCCUGGGAGCCAGCCCCUCCUACUCAGUCCAGCAGCUCCGACACAGAUACCAGCAGCUGGCCUUACAGUACCACCCAGAUCGCCUUCGGGGUGAGUGUUCUUCAGAAGCAGAGACUUGUGUGACGAAGUUUCUGGAAGUCGACGCAGCCUGGAGGAUCCUCGGUGACCAGGAAGCCAGGAGACAGUAUGACCUGCAGAGGAGAGCACAGGAACUGAAACAGGAUUGGCCAGUCGAUUCCACUGUCUAUCUGGAGGACAUGACCUGGGACCAGGGUGAGCGUGUGCACACGCACUGUUGUCGCUGUGGAGGAGGAUUCAGCAUCUCAGAGGAGGAGGUAGAGGAGGAGACACAGAGGAUGGAGGAUGAGGGGGAGGAGGAGGAGGAGGAGAGAGUGGAGGGACAGAACAGAGGAGUGGUGGUCUGCUGUGACACGUGUUCCCUCAGUGUGUACGUCACAUGGCCGUUACACAGAAAGACUCCAACGUGAAGAGGACAAUGAGAAGUGGAUUGUGUACGAUUUCAUGUUCAACGUGUCUCACUUUUGUCUACGAGCCUGUAAACAAGGCACUGAUGAAAUGGCUCAUUGUGUGUGUGUGUGUGUGUGUGUGUGUGUGUGUGUGUGUGUGUGUGUGUGUGUGUGUGUGUGUGUGUGUGUGUGUGUGUGUGUGUGUGUGUGUGUGUGUGUGUGUGUGUGUGUGUGUGUGUGUGUGUGUGUGUGUGUGUGUGUGUGUGUGUUCAGUAGAAGUAUGUGCAGAUGACUGUUGCUUGGCAAUGCUACCCUUUGUUACAGCAGGUGAUCAGCUCUGGCAGCUCAGGGCUACUCAUGCAGCUGGUCGGUUGACCGGUUUCAACAUGUUCUACACGUCCGACUUAAAUAAUGGUAAAAUGUCUUCUAAAGCUAAAUAAAAUCAGAAGCAUUGCAAAAACAAA